AUGUGUAGUUCAUCUUCUCUUUUAAUUAAUAAAGAGAAAUAUGUGUAUGAUGAUGAUGAUGAUGAUGAUGAUGAUGAUGAUGAUGAUGAUGAUGAUGAUGAUGAUGAUGAUGAUGAUGAUGAUGAUGAUGAUGAUGAUGAUGAUGAUGAUGAUGAUGAUGAUGAUGAUGAUGAUGAUGAUGAUGAUGAUGAUGAUGAUGAUGAUGAUGAUGAUGAUGAUGAUGAUGAUGAUGAUGAUGAUGAUGAUGAUGAUGAUGAUGAUGAUGAUGAUGAUGAUGAUGAUGAUGAUGAUGAUGAUGAUGAUGAUGAUGAUGAUGAUGAUGAUGAUGAUGAUGAUGAUGAUGAUGAUGAUGAUGAUGAUGAUGAUGAUGAUGAUGAUGAUGAUGAUGAUGAUGAUGAUGAUGAUGAUGAUGAUGAUGAUGAUGAUGAUGAUGAUGAUGAUGAUGAUGAUGAUGAUGAUGAUGAUGAUGAUGAUGAUGAUGAUGAUGAUGAUGAUGAUGAUGAUGAUGAUGAUGAUGAUGAUGAUGAUGAUGAUGAUGAUGAUGAUGAUGAUGAUGAUGAUGAUGAUGAUGAUGAUGAUGAUGAUGAUGAUGAUGAUGAUGAUGAUGAUGAUGAUGAUGAUGAUGAUGAUGAUGAUGAUGAUGAUGAUGAUGAUGAUGAUGAUGAUGAUGAUGAUGAUGAUGAUGAUGAUGAUGAUGAUGAUGAUGAUGAUGAUGAUGAUGAUGAUGAUGAUGAUGAUGAUGAUGAUGAUGAUGAUGAUGAUGAUGAUGAUGAUGAUGAUGAUGAUGAUGAUGAUGAUGAUGAUGAUGAUGAUGAUGAUGAUGAUGAUGAUGAUGAUGAUGAUGAUGAUGAUGAUGAUGAUGAUGAUGAUGAUGAUGAUGAUGAUGAUGAUGAUGAUGAUGAUGAUGAUGAUGAUGAUGAUGAUGAUGAUGAUGAUGAUGAUGAUGAUGAUGAUGAUGAUGAUGAUGAUGAUAGUUAA